CACAAGUGCACCAGAUGCGGGAAAGGUUAUCAACUGGAGACCUCGCUGCGAAGGCACCAAAGGCUCGAGUGCGGGGUCGAGCCGAGGCAGAGCUGCCCAAUUUGCGGGAAAAAGUUCACGCACAGGACUUCUGGCGACGAUGCUGUUGUCGCAGGACGUACAGCAACCUCAGGACAAUAACGAACCGUUAUGGAAUCAGUUACCUUAUCCCGGGAUCCGUUACGAGGCGAACAGAAGUCAAAGGCGGAAAGAUACGAAGGACGCGGGUUCGAAGUACACUUGCAACAGGUUUCCUAUCGAAGAUCGAGUGGAGCACGAUGAACGAUUAUCGAAACGCGACGGCGGACGAUCUGUUGCCGAAAGAAAGGAAUUUCAACGACUCGUACUACUAUCCGGUGGCGGAUUCCAACGGCUCCAUCCCGAUGAACGAGUUCGAUUGCUUCGAAACCAAGGAUAUCAAAGUGGAAACGAUUCAUCACAGCCCACGGUUAAUCGCGUUUGGCCCCCGCGAACGGCAGCAGUAUAUGUGCGGGGAGUGUGGGAAGGGAUACUCGUGGAUGGCGAACCUUCGAAGGCAUCAGAGGCUCGAAUGCGGCAAGCUGCCCAAGCAUCGUUGCAGAUUGUGCCGGAAAGAGUUUUAUCGGAGAUACGAGUUGAAAAAUCAUUAUAACA